AAAAUCAUAAAAGUACUGAGUUGACUAUUAUUGUCAGAAGCAAUCUUUAGAAUGUCAAAAAGCAAGCGAGACGAUCUCUGUGCCAUUUCCCCGGCAGAUUGACGCCGAUUUCUUCAUUAUUCUUCCUUUCUCGCCGUCAUCUCUUCGGACACCUCCCGCGCCCUCUUUAAUUGCAGAGUUCAAAGGCAAACAUGGAUGAUGGAACCUCUGUCAAAGAGAAGCAGAGGAACUCUUCUGAUAGGAUCAGCAAUUUACCUGAUUCCUUGUUAUAUCAGAUUCUCUCCGAUCUCUCCACAAAGGAAUCCGUCCGCACCAGCGUUUUAUCCAAACGGUGGAGAAAUCUAUGGUUACAUGUCCCUGCGUUGGAUUUGGAUUCCAAUCACUUCCCAGUUGAGGAUGAUGUUUUCGUGAGAUUCUUAGAUAAGUUUCUAGGUUCUGAAAAUGAGCAGUACCUGAAGAGUUUCAAGCUGAUCUAUGAGGUUUAUGAGCACGAUGCUUCUCGUUUCAAGUCUUGGAUCGAUGCUGUGAUUAAGCGUAGGGUUCGUCGUUUUAAUGUUCAUAGUGAUGUGGAUGACGAUGAGAUUGUUAAGAUGCCUCAAUCUCUUUAUUCUUGCGAGAGUUUAGUUGACUUACGACUUUACCGCGUCGUUUUGAAUCGUCCCGAGUCUGUUUUGUUACCUUCUGUCAAGGUUAUGCAUCUAGAUAUGGUCAAGUAUGAUGCUGAUUCUACUCUGGAGAGUCUGAUAUCAAGCUGUCCUGUUCUUGAAGAGUUAACCAUUGUCCGUGAUCCCAAUGAUUGUCUUGAAGUUGUGUGUGUGCGUUCCAAGUCACUGAAAAGCUUCAAGAUAGAUUCUGAGCGCUAUGAAAGUCAAGAUCAUGUUGUUGCAAUUGAUGCUCCAAGACUUGAAUAUAUGAAUCUCAGCGAUCACCGAUCUGACAGCUUCGUUAUACACAGUAUUGGUCCAUCUCCAAAGGUAGACAUUGAUGUUCUCUUCAAUGUGGAAUAUAGUGAGCCAUUAGAUACAGAUGAUUCUUCCAAGUUAGCUAUGCUUGGUAAAUUUCUCACCGGUUUAGCUACAGUCAGCGACAUGACCAUCUCUGCUGAGACUCUAAAUGUUAUUCAUGAUUACUGCGAGAUUGAACAGCUACCUCAAUUCUCCAACUUGUCUCACUUGCAUGCUUACUUCCAAGAAACUUCGUGGGAAAUGUUGCCAGCCUUCCUUGAGAGCUGCCCAAAUCUACACUCUGUCAUCCUGGAAUUUGAUUUGCUUCCGGAGACAGAGGAGAUUGAUCUUUCAUCUGUGCCACAAUGUUUCCUAUCAUCUCUUGAGUUUGCUCACCUGAAGGCUCCAUAUGUUGUAAACAUGCGAAAGGAAGGGAGACCACUCACAGGAACAUCAAGUAAGAUGAAAUUAGCAAAGUAUUUUUUAGAGAAUGGUGCAGCUCUCAAGAAACUGACAGUAAGUGCGAGUUUCUGUAACAUCAUCAAUGAAAUCAAAUCGAUUCCAAGGAGUUCUACCAGGUGUGAAGUCGUCAUGGAUUAACUGAGCCAGCAUACAAGGUAAUUCAGUUCUGUAUCCAAUGAUCUACAGAGAAAUCAAGAGUUGUUUGCGUCCUUUAAUUAACCAGUAAUCGCGGAAAUUUUGUUGAGCUUUUUCAGACCAAUUUGUGUUCUAUGUAAUGGGAAAUCGUUGCAGGAGCUGCUUAGGAGUAAUGUAAUUUUCUUUCAAGGCAGAAAAAGCUCAGGCGAUUAAGUGAACUCCCUUCUUUCUUUUCUUUUAUUUUUUAUUUUUUUGACCGCAAGUGAACUUUCUAUUUACACACCCUGUUUCUACUUAGUACCUAACUAUAACACUCUGUUGGUGUUUGGAGUUGUAAGAAUAAAAAAAUCAAGUGAACAUUUUGGUGAGAGUGAGAUAUGAUUAACCAAUUACCAGAA